ACACCUCAGGGCUCUUCUCAUAGGUAGACACCCAUGAACCAGUUCCCACCCUUUCUGUAAAUAAGCAGCUGUAUCUAUUCCUCAGACGAGGUUUGGUGGGACACUUUUUACUGAAGACUCGUUGAAGUCAUCACUCCUAAGAAUUCAUAGUGGAAACAUGUCGUCCCUGGUGGGUGUAGUCCUGCUGGUCUUGGCUGUGCUGACCCCCUCACAAGCCUUUGUUCCCAUUGGGGGAGGGACCUCCACCCAUGUCAGCAUUACAGGAACUGCUCUGCUGCAGAAAGUGACGGAGACGUGCCGGGCUGUGGCUGAAGAUGCUGGUUAUGAAUUCAACCCCACGGGUUCCUCUCCAGAGGAACUGGUCAAAGCUUGUCUGGGUCCAACAGCGAAGGGGGAGGUUUCUGGUGCUAAGUUCCACUCAGCUCUUCAGGAAAUCUACACCCAGAAUGGACUGGUAGAUCGGGAUUUUGUCAACAGUGCUCCACAUCACUUCAACUCUGAAGCCUUCUUGGAAGGACGUAACCUCAUCACGCAAGGAAUGGUGGCAAUAAAGGCAAAUAUCCGAGAGACGAACUUUAAAGCAGCCAGGGAAACACUGGGGAGAAUCCUUCACACUCUGCAGGAUUUCUACAGUCACAGUAACUGGGUGGAGCUGGGCUUCACAGAACCAUACAUCAAUCUCAUACGACCAGAUCUUCCACUGGAUAACCUGGCAGAUGUGGACACUGCCACCUGCAGUGACUGCGCUAGUGGAACAUGCCCCAAUCCAGUCCUCCCCAACAUCCUGACGGAGAAGAAACUCACGUCGGGCUACAUGGGAGUCCACUCCUCUGCAAAGCCUAAAGGCAAAUGCAGCCAUGGAGGUCCGUCUGAUAUGACCAGCAGUGUCAUUCCACGAGGCGGCAUCAGUAAGGACGAGCGUCGGUCGGACAACCAGAACUUCCACGAUGCUGCGGUGAAAGCAGCCACUGCUGCCAGCAGUCAGCUGCUUGAGGACAUCCGCUUGGUAGUUGGGAACAAUGACUUUUUAAGAAUGAUGGGGAUCGCUCGUGCGUCUGUCUUGUGCUUUGUUAUCGACACCACCGGCAGUAUGUCAGACGACAUCGAUGAAGCCAGAUCUGUUGUUUACGAAAUUAUUGACAGCAAAAAAGGAACGCAAGACGAGCCUUCGGAGUACAUCCUUGUGCCAUUCAAUGACCCACAUUUUGGACCUAUGACCAGAACAACGGACCCAAACAAGAUGAAAGCUGAAAUCUCUAAACUGACAGCAACAGGUGGUGGAGACACCCCAGAAAUGUGCCUGUCAGGACUGCAGCUGGCCCUUACUGGUGCACCCUCCUCAUCUCAAAUCUAUGUCUUCACUGAUGCUACAGCCAAAGACAUUGCUCUAAAGGACACCAUUGUUGCCCUCAUCAGAAGCACCAAGUCAACAGUGUCAUUCUUUAUGACUGGAAGUAGUAGGAGACGCAGACGUUCUCUUAGAGCUGCUAGCUUUGAAGAUUAUAAAGACCUAGCUUUGGCGUCUGGAGGUCAGGCCAUUCAGGUGUCAAAGGCACAACUUCCUCAGGCUACUGACAUCAUUCUUGACACCUCAACUUCUGCCUUGGUAACAGUUCUUCAGCGUGCAAGAGAGGCAGGAACACAGGAGACGUUCUCUUUUACUCUGGAUGAGUCACUGCAGAAUGUCACUAUUUACAUCACAGGGGGAUCCGUUGCUUUUACACUAACCAACCCCGCCGGUCUGAAUCAGAAUCAAGGUCAGGUCAGCGGUGAACUGGGGACCAUACAAACUGUUGGAAACCUGUGGAGAAUUCGUCUUAAUCCUGAUAAGCAGGCGGGAAAGUGGACGAUCAAUAUCAAGUCCAGUGCUCCUUUCACGCUGAAAGUCACAGGUCAGAGCACGGUUACCUUCAUCUAUGACUUUGUUGAAAGCUUCUCAGGACCUCAUCCGGGAUAUGCACCCCUCAGCGGGCGUCCACAAGCAGGACAACCUGCCACAAUGAUGCUGUCGGUGAUUGGUAGAAAUGGUCCAUCCUCAGUGACUGUGAAAGAGGUUGGCCUUGUAUUGGUGUCCGGUCCAGAAUCAACUACCAGCAGCACCAUAGAGGACAUGGGCAGUGGAGAGAUCCUAGUGACCAUUGAUGCGGUCCCAGAGGGCGAGUUUGUGAUUACUCUCAAAGGAACAGACAAAGUUUCAAACAGUGACUUCCAGAGACAGUCCACCACACAAAUGUCUGUCUCCAAAGUUCAAAUCCAGGCUGUGGUGGACAGCAGUGCGGAGCCAGGAAAAGAUUUCACGCUCCCCUUCAGAGUCAUAACUCAGGGUGCUGGUGGUCUGUAUACCAUAAAUGCCAAAAAUGACAGGAACUUUCCAAUGACCUUCCCAAACAGCCUCACUCUAACAACGGGAGAAUACACGAAUGCUACGCUGAUUGUUAAGCCACCUGCCGACACAGAGUCGGGCACUGAUAUAACUCUGACUCUUGAUGCAAAGUCUUCCACUGAUGCUGAAUCCAAUUAUGUCGUACUGAGGCUGUCUGUCGUGACAAAGAUUACAGAUUUUUCCCCUCCACAAUGUAAAGACGUCAUAGUCGUAGCUGAUGAUUGCCCGGAGAAUGUGAACAUGUGUGCGCCCUAUCGGUGGGAACUCUCAGCCAACCUCACUGACAACAACGGCACAGGAAUCGAAAGCAUCUCCUUGCGUCAGGGUAAUGGAAUCCUCUCGCACACGUCGCUGGCUGAUCCUGUUGUCCAAGUGUACUACAACGCCUCCUGCUGCUCGCAGAUUGUAGAAGUUGUCACUGUAGAUAAAAUUGGAAAUGUAGGAAGCUGCUACCAUUCUAUAGUUCACUCAGGUGGCCCUCCAGCUCUAAGUCUGUCACUGCUGCUGUGGCUUUGCCUGCUGCUCUCCAUCUUCACUGUGAAACCUUGACAUGUUUGGACUUAUUUGAACACAUACUUUGAAUACCAUUUUCUCUGUGGUAUUGACCAAAUAAAAUGUAUCACAAAUUUUUGGGGUGGGAUGAUGUAAAUGUACUUCCUCCCACUCCUAUUCAAGCAAAUAAUCAAACUCAAUGAAACACACUGAGUAUUAAAUGGAUUUAAUGUGUCAUGUAUUGUAUGCACAAGUGCAGGUAUGUCUUUUUAUCAUUAAAAGCAAUGAUAAUGGCAUUAUUUUCAUGUGUAUUUAUAAAUGCGGUUAAGUAUGUGUGCACAAACACAUGUAUGUAUGGACGUGUGUGUGAAAAAAAUAAAGUGUGUAUUUAUUCA